CGCCCCCUCUUUGCCCAGCCAACGCCAACGCCAACGCCAAAGUCCAAGUCAGCGCCGCCGCGUCCCUCUCCCCUCCCCAACUCCCCCUGACAUGGACACCAGCAAGCUCCGGGCCUUUGUGAAACUGUGUCAACAAGACCCCGCCCGACUGUACAGCGAGGAGCUGCGCUUCCUGAGGGAGUGGGUGGAGAGCUUGGGUGGGAGGAUACCCUCUACUCCAAGAAAAAUGAGAUCAGAAGAAAGAUUCAAGGGAGGGGAGGCAGAAAGAAAGAAACGGGAGGAAUACUACAGGAGAGAAGACAUCGAAACUGAGGAAAGUGAUCUAGAACUUGAUAAGGAAGGAGUGAUUGAAGACGACUUGGACGGCCCUCAGGAAAUGGGAGAUGCAACGGCAGAGGUAACGGAUGAGAUGAUCGAUCAGGCCAACGAGAUGAAGGUGAAGGGCCUCGAUGCCCUACAUAAUCGUGAAUAUCAGAAAGCCCUUGAACUAUUCACAGAGGCCAUCAAAUUGAAUCCUUGGUUGGCCAUUUUAUAUACCCUAAGAGCCAGUAUCUUUAUUGAAUUGCAGAAGCCAAAUGCUGCCAUCAGAGACUGUAGCAAGGCAAUUGAUCUAAACCCCCAUACAGCUGAACCGUACAAAUGGAGAGGGAAAGCACACAGACUUCUGGGCCACUGGGAGGAAGCAGGCCAGGAUCUGUCCUUGUCUUGUAAACUGGACUUUGAUGAAGAUGCCAAUGCUGUGCUUAAGGAUAUUCAACCAAGGCUCCAGAGGAUUCAAGAACAUCGGCGAAAAAAAGAGCUCCGCCAGAAGAAACGUGAGCAGAGACGUGAAGAGCGAAAGUACCGAGAAAGGGUAGAAAGAAUGAGGAAGGCUCGAGAGGAGUAUGAUAAAGCCAAAAAAGAGGAAGAGGACAGGAGAAAGGCAGCUCACUUUGCCCCUUUCCAAUUUUUUCUUGGAGAAAUUCCGAGAAUGAGAAGAAGAAUGCGGAGUAUACCUGGGAAACCAGUGCUCAAUGAAAUUCUUGCCGACCCAGAAAUUCUUGCAGCUAUGCAAGAUGCAGAAGUCAUGCAGGCAUUCCAAGAUGUGGCCCGGUAUCCAGAAACCAUGGGCAGGUAUAAGAACAAUGCAAAAGUUAUGAAUUUCUUCAGCAAAUUGUCUAACAAAUUUGGAGGGUAUGAGGACAUGACAAGUGAAGAUAUGGACCCUGAUGAGGAAUUCGAUGAUGUUCCCAGUGAAGAAAGCUUUGAGGUUGUGGAUCCAUCUAAUGAAGAAGAUCUUUGGCUCCCGGGACAGCGCUUUGACGAUUUUCUCGAUAACUAUGAACGAAGACGUUUGCGGAAAGGGAGGAGUGAGGACUUGGAGGUUGCAUCUAGUGAAGAAGAAGUACGUCGUAAUAGGCGGCUGCCCUAUUAUAAGGAUUUGGAAGAUGUCAGUGAAGAAGAUCAAUAAGGUGGGACCUGAGGCCUAACAAUAAAUACUAAAAAAAAAAAAAAAGCCCAAACAACAAACAACUAAAAAUAACCCCAGACUGGUGCCAUAUCACUGCUGACAUAUACCAAAUGCAGAUCCUGCUGUCAGUAAUUAUAUCAUACCCCCCUCCUCCUUUAAAUGAUAGUUCCUGCUUCUUCCUCCCAAGUUCCAUUGUGUGUUGUUCCUUACUUCACAAGCUAUUUAGGAGCUUUAUAGCACACUUUGCAUUAACAAUGAGAUUUAUAUGUAUUUAUUUCCUUUUGAACAAAAUGUGACUGAAAAAAUCAUGACUCCAUACUAAGCAUCCAAUUUCCACAGUAUUUGGAAACAACUUUCUGAAUUUCAAAUAUUUGCCUUUUGAAUCCAAGGAACAUAUUUGUUUUCCUCUUUAGAGUAUCAGGCAUAUAACUUAUGCAAAAUAUUCUUGGACUACCUAGGGAGAAAGAAUGAAUUACCGUUCUUAACCUUCUUGAUCAAAAUGAAAAGUCAGACUACAUACAUACACUUGUUUGCAAGUCACUGGAGAAAAUCUCUGUUGAUCUAGCUUAAUUUGUAAGGUAUAUUCUUAAAAGAGCAGAAGUUAUUGAUGAUGCCUGAAAGGAUUCCAGUCAGGAACUGGGGCCAAAGACAUGGUCUGCAUUGGGAUUUGGGAGUAGACAGCUCAUUCCUCAAUGAAUGCCAGAGGCCAGAAAUUCACUGAAGGCAGCUCACGGUGACAAUGUUCAUUUGACCAAAGGGGCAACACUGAGGUUCAUCUUCCCAUUUGUUUUUUGUUUUGUUUAGUGGGGGGCAUUUGUACAUUAGGGAUUUCUGUUGAAGGUAGAAGUGUCUGCAAAAUGUGUUAGUACUUAUUAGAUGGCGAUAAUGCAAUGGCUGCAUUCAUAAGGAAGGAGAGGCUUUGCUCUAUGAAGUACUCUAAAUCUCUUAAUCUCUCUAUCCUUAAUAUGGAUAUGUUAGUGUCCCUUACCUGUGGGGUAUAGUUGUGCUUCUUGCCUAAAGUGGUACCUUUGGUACCAGGAAAAGAAAAGGGACCAUCAUACAAUUGUAAAGUGAAAAUUAGAUAUCCUUUUUUCAGUCAUGUCAACUUCAAUAAAGUAAAAGCUGACUGGUUGCUUC